AUGGCGGAAGUUCAGCAACAGCAGCAACCGCCGCCUCCCCCGCCGCCGCAAUCACAAUCGCAGCAGCAGACCCCUCUUCUGUGCCAGAAAGUGUCGGACAUUGUUCGUAGCUUUCGUCCCACAAAGGCAUUCAAGCCAUCGAAGCAAGACUCGCCCAACUACGUGACCUCAUUAGAUUUCGACGACCAAGGCGAUUACCUGGUGUCCUCAGGGGACGAUGAGACCAUCCAAAUUUUUGACAUUAAGGAAGGAAAACCUACGAAGUCGGUCCCUAGUAAAAAAUAUGGAGCUCAUUUAGCAAGAUUCACGCAUCAUUCCCGCCAGGUCCUCCACGCAAGCACAAAGGUCGAUGACUCGUUGCGAUUGCUUGAUCUACAUAAUGAAGGAUACGUGCGUUAUUUUUCCGGCCAUACGGAGAAAGUGACAUCUCUGGCCGUCUCGCCAGGCAGUGAUUCGUUUGUCUCAUGUUCCAAGGAUAAUACUGUCGCGAUAUGGGACCUCAGUUCGAGAAAUGCGCAGGGUAAAUUAAAGCUUGCCACCCCGUACCUUGCUGCAUUUGACCCCUCUGCUUCUGUUAUCGCCAUUGCGUCCCAGUCAACCUCAUCGGUUCUACUCUACGAUUUCCGGAAUUACGACAAGUCUCCCUUUUCUACCUUUGACCUUGCGCCUUACGAAGAAAGAUACACGCCUUCUACAAGAGGAAGAGCGUGGACCCGCCUCGAAUUCUCAAAUGACGGGAAGCACUUGCUGGUCGGAACAGAUUACCAUGGACAUUUUGUCCUCGACGCCUUUGAAGGCACUAUGAAAGCAUUCUUGGUUGGCAAGAAUGGCUCGCCUGGUAGAGCUGCCCCGGUUUCAACGACGGGUAAGCCUCUUGGCCAGGGAGACGCGUGCUUUACCCCGGACGGACGAUUUGUUCUUGGAGGCUCGGGUGACAAUCCGGACAUUCUUGCCUGGGACCUGCAACAGCCACCAGACUCCAAUAACGUUCUACAGCCAAUGUGCAAGUUGCCUCACCGUGGCCGGACUGCUUUGAUCGAGUACAACCCGCGGUACAACAUGAUGGCUACUGCUGAUAAAGAUAUCGUCUUCUGGUUGCCAGAAGAGGGUUCUAGAGCCCCUGAGAAGUAA